AGUUUAACGAAUGUUUGUGAAAAACUGUGAGUGGUCUGUGUUUGAACUUCGAAGUGCCACAUCUGAUAUUAAUGUUGUGUUGAAAGGUGAUACAUUUUACAGAUUUGUGGAAUAUAUUAAUACAAUACAUACAGGACUAAGAGAUGCAGCCUCUGUGUAUGGACAGUGUAUGAAGUGUGUGUGAAGAUACAUUCGAAAUUUCAAAUUGUUGACAUUUUGUAUUGGAUUUUCGUCUGCGUCGGUUUUGUGACUUUUUGAAGUACUACACUUGAAGAAUGGAUGCUGUUGAAAUCACACCGCCCAGGUCACUGCGGCGGCGGAUUAUUUUCAAUUCACAAACACCCUCUAGUAGAAGGCAACUGGAAACCCCAAAAAAUCCUGGAAAUAGUCCCUCUGCAUUCACUCCCAGCAAGAGGUCAGAUGUGUCAGCUUACUCGUCUCCUGAUCGAUAUAGCUCUCCUCCCCACUCUCCACGUUGGAUACUGGAUACACCUCCGAAAAUUAGUGGCUCUCUGCUUUCUUCACCAAGUAAAUUUCUGGAUGACAAUAUGCCCUCCCGAAUGUCCAGGUUUGACUCAUUUCUCAAUUCACUCUCCCUAAGACAUUCGUCAAAAUCAGAUAAGAAAUGUUCACCGAAAGUAAAAGUUUUAGAUUGUGAGAGAGCGGAUGUCUCUGCAGUGCAACCAAUGAUCCUUGACAAAAACAAGUCUGAUAUAAAUGGUAGUAGCAAUAGUGGUGAAGUGGAAGUACCUGUUAAACAAAUAAAAUCAGUGAAGUACCUGAGCAGUGACAAUAAAGAAAAUGAGGUCUCAACAAGUAAAACUAGAAAUUCUGAUCUUUUCAUUCAACCCACAUCAUUCUAUAAAUCAACCAGAGCAGAAAUCAAUAAUAAAGAAUCCACAAUUACUGAAAAUAAUAUCGCAAGUAAUAAGUUUACUUUCUUUGGAGGCGUUAAAAGAAGUCGCUCAUCAAGUAUAGAAACUACAAAAAGACACCGCAGCACAAGUUCGAAUAAGCCAAAAGCAAAGAAAGCAAAACUAUCAAAGAGAAUGAGGCUUGGAGAAAUAAAUGUAGGUGUAAGACAUGGUAUUAAAAAACCUAAACCUAAGAAAAAAAGUGUGACAAUAAAACCAUUCCCGAAGAUACCAAAAAUUAUGCCAAGUGACAGAAUUAAAGCUCUCUCUGAUACUCCCUUGGUGAAGCAGGGUUCACAACAGCUACUAAGGGGAGCCCCCAGCACAGCUUCACAGAGUUCACAAAUUACUCCCACAAAAAAGAUACCAUCUCCUAAAAAAAUUCCAACUCCUCCUCCAGAUCCUACAAAGAAAUUUUUUAAGACCAAUCGAACAUUGCAUAUCAGCAAGAAGGCAACAGUGACAAUGGAGAACAAUGUGAAGGUGGAAGUGAGGCAUGGAAAAUUCCUUCUUCCUAAGAAGGAAAUAAAAAAACAAAGCACAGUUUUGAAAGGCAACCCUUCAGCACAAAAAAGACCGAAUAUCAUUUUUGAGCCUAUGGAUGUUGAUGAUACACCACAAGAUAUGCUUCAAGACAAAGUCAGUGAUACUGUUAAUGCUAUCCUUGACUGCCUUGACACAGAUGGCCCCAAAGAGGCAUGUGGCACAGAUAUUCAAAAUAUUACUGUUGCUGAUGACUGUUUGGAUGUAACUGAAAACCAUAUUGCUUCUUGUGCCUCAAAACAGCCAUCUGCUAGGCAACAAGGAAAUUUAAAUGCUGGUGCCAUUUUGAGUCCACAAGUUAUAGAAAACUUAGAAUUGGAUACUACCUGCAGUACUUUUGCAUGCACAACACCCAGCAGUAUUACAGGCCUACAGGUGUGUGGUAAUGAGGGGGAGGUUGGAAUGCAGGCCAAUUGCACUAGUGCUUCUGUUGCAACUCAGAAUGUGGAUAAAGAUGUUAAAUUGUAUCCAAUUUUCUAUCAGGACCACACACAGAAGUAUAGCAGUAUGACACCAGCUUUGAAAAAGGAUCAUGCCAGUAGGAAAAGAAAAUGGCAGAUGGUUGGAAAUGAUCAGUACCAAAUUGAUGCUGGGCAGAAGAAAUUUGGAGCAACUCAAUGCAAAGAAUGUGGUAUUGUUUACCAACUUGGAGACUGGGAAGAUGAGAUGGCCCAUGAGAACUAUCACAAUAAUGCAUCUGCUCUUAAGUUUUGUGGCUGGAGAGAUGAAAGGGUAAUAUGUGUUUAUGGCACAGGAAGAGUAAUUGUUGUGUACCCUGAUGACAACAAAAUGUGGUUAAAGAAAGUGAAAGCUGUUAUGGAAGUUGCUAAUCGUGAGACUGGCUACCUUGAUGUCAGCUGUACACACAAGUAUUUGGAAAACAGCAAGGUGUAUAUGUUUGUAAACCAGAAGUCUGUGCUUGGUAUUCUUGUUGCUGAACCAAAGAAAGAAGCAUAUAAAAUGAUCUCCAUAGAAGGUGUUGACUGUUGCUCUGCAGAAACGUACCCAGUUUGGUGUGGUGUCAGCCACAUUUGGACAGCUCCCAACCAUCGCCGCAAAAAGGUUGCCACACGUCUAGUGGACUGUAUGAGGAUGUCAUUUGUGUUCGAUCACUUCCUGGAAAAAGAUGAGUUCGCUUUUUCAGUGCCAACUCUUUCUGGAAAGUCAUUCGCAGAGAAUUAUACUGGAACACCUAACUUCCUUGUCUACUCAUGAAACAGAGCAAUGAUUUAAAAGGAAUAGUGUUGCAUUGUUUAUUUAUUGCUUUAUAAAAUUGUUUAAUUAUUUGUGACUCUGAGUUUAUCAUAUUGUGGUCUUGACUGCUCAGAUAUUAAUAGUAACACUGUUUUUAAAGAGUUAAGCUGCAGUAAGUAGAACUUAAUUAGAACUUCAUUGUUGCAACAUUUUUAUUUUAAUGGUGGAUAUUGCAAAGUGAGUACUUCCAUUAUUUGACUUUUCGUGUGCAUUGGUGUCUUCUAGAAGGUACUUCAUUACAAACAAAUUGUACAUCUCUGAUAGACUCCCACUUCCUGUAAAUUUCGAUCAGUUGACCUUACUAAAAUUUUGUGCUACAUAAUAUAUGUAAAAAAGUGGAUCAAAUUACAAACAAAAGUGUACACAAAAUAUCUCAUGUUGUUUAUUUGACUU